GGGAAGAACUGUAUGAUGAAUAUAUUUCUGUCUACAGCUGGAGUGGCCACAAAGAAAGUAACACAGAUUCAGCGAUCAGUGUUACCUGCAAGUUCCCACCCUGAAGUGAGGCAAGAAGAUGUUGUAGCUUUGGAACAGGUGGAGGUGGCACACAAACCACUGCCACCUGUUGGUGCACUUUUGAGACCUAAACUUCAUGUCGGUGAUGUGAUAUAUGUGAUGAAGCUGAGUUUCUAUGGAGUGUGGGCACGAGCCAAGAUACUGGAGAUCAUAGCAAAAGGGUCAGAGGUAAUUUCUGGAAGUUCAUCUUUAUUCAACUCAUACAAAGUGAAGUUUGAAUCAUCAUACCGGAAGUCCAACCCUGUGAAACAGGUUUCAGGCAAGCAAAUGGCUUACGUUUCGCCAAGUCCUGUUCGAUUCCCAGUUGGAACACGUGUCAUUGCUGUGUUUCAAGAUAAUGAUUGGAGCAAGGAGUGCUACUACUCGGGUGUGAUUGCUGAGCCUCCCAAAUCUAUGAACAAAUAUAGGUAUCUGGUCUUUUUUGAUGAUGGCUAUGCUCAAUAUGUGACACAUGAGAAGAUCCUAUUGGUUUGUGAGAGCUCACGCAACGUGUGGGAUGAUAUCCACCCUGACUCAAGGGAGUUCAUUCGCAAGUAUCUGGAGCAGUACCCUGAGCGACCCAUGGUGAAGCUGCAGCAGGGGCAGAUUGUCAAGACAGAAUGGAAUGAUGCUCAAAGGUUGCUUCUCCAUUCUCCAGACAUGCCCGAGCACGAUGUACACAAGACUGACGGAUUCGUUCCUACACACCAGAGUUUCCUCAAAUCAUCUGGGAAAUGGUGGAUUGCACGUGUAGUGGAGGUGGAUGGUUCACUGGUGAAGAUGCACUUUGAUGCAGAUGGACGCACUGAGUGGAUCUACCGUGGUUCCACUCGACUUGGUCCUCUGUACGCAGAACUUGCCCAUGCUGCUGCUAGGAAGGAACAGGGGACAUUUAGCAGGCACAGAGGUCUUGGUGUUGCCUCCCUGAAGAAGAGAAACAUGCCAUAUGUGGAAUAUACACGAGGAACAGAUGGAGAAGAAAUGAAGCGUGAGGACUCAGGAGUAACUGUCCUGCUUUUGGGACCGGUUCAAGAUGGCCAUGGUCAAAGUUCAGAGACUGUGCCAUCACGUGCUGUGGCCAAGAAGAGCACUACAAGGCGCCCAGACAGCAACGUGGACAGGAUGCAGGAUCAGCAGCAGGUGUACCCAGGAGUUGUGGAGAAGAGUCCGCAGCAACCACAAGGCCGUGUUGAGUAUCUGCAGUUGAAGAGUACUCGUUGCCAGCCCAAGAAGUUUGAACCCCACCAGUGUGGUCCCAACUGCCUUAAUGGAACAUGGUAUGACCCUUGGGCUAUGAAGGGUGAAAAUCCAUUGGUUAUUCCAAUGUUGUGUGCAUGGGAGAGGCAAUUGAACCGGUGCCGUGGGAAGCGCAUGGUGAUGUACAAAGCCCCGUGUGGUCGACGCCUCCGCAACAUGGAGGAGCUACACCGAUACCUUCGUUUAACCAAGUCAAACAUGGCAGUUGAUCUUUUUGACUUUGAUUUCUGGGUUCAUAGCUUUGCUGAGUUUGUGCUGGAAAGGGGCUUCUCAAAUAUCAAGGACUUAUCUUAUGGAUCAGAGCAUGUUGCUGUGCCCUGUGUAAACUGUGUGGACCACAGCAUGCCAGACUAUGUGACCUACUCAACAAAGCGAGAGCCAACUGAUGGAGUAGACCUGAAUCUUGAUCCUGAGUUCCUUAUUGGAUGUGAAUGCACUGAUGACUGUCAGGAUCGAGACAAGUGUGCCUGUUGGCAGUUAACGAUCCAGGGAACUGCGUAUGGUCCAGGUGGAGUGGUUGAUCCUACGGUUGGCUACUUCUACAGACGGCUGCCAGAGCCAGUCAUGACAGGAAUCUAUGAGUGCAACUCGCGGUGUAAGUGUUCUCGAACAUGCCUGAAUCGAGUGGCUCAGCAGCCUCUACAGCUCAAACUGCAAGUGUUCAAGACUGAGAAUCGAGGCUGGGGUAUUCGCUGCCUUAAUGAUAUUCCCCAAGGAGGCUUCAUCUGUAUCUAUGCGGGGCGGUUGCUUACUGAACAAGGAGCAAAUGAGGAAGGCAAGAACUAUGGAGAUGAGUAUCUGGCAGAACUGGAUUAUAUCGAAGUGGUGGAGAAGUUAAAAGAGGGCUAUGAGAGUGAUGUCGUUCAAGAUGACAGUGAUUCACCGUCUGAGGAGAAACGUGGCAAUGAGGCCAGGUCUAAAGCUGAUUCAGACUUAAGUGAAGAAGAGGAAGAGGAAGAGGAAGGUGAAACAAGUCAAGAUGCAAGAGAUUCUGAUGAAGAAUUCCAGCCGGCUCCUUGGGAAAAGGAUAAAGGAAACCCUCUGCCUGAACAGAGCUCUAUUCGAACACGGCUGAGGAAUCGGAAUUCUCGUCAUGGUUCUUUUGAUAAGAAAGAAGCGGACAGAGAUUCAGAUAAAGCUAGUAGUGAAGAUAGAGAUUCAAGGAAGAAGGCAUCUCAGAGCCUGAGCAGCAUUGACCACAUGUACAGUGAUGAUGAAGAUUCACAACUGUUACGCCUUCCAUCACGGUUUGCUGUUGUGUCAGAGCCAAAAGAAAGCGAUAAAAGCAAGAGACCCAGAAAUCAAUCUGUUCGUGAAUUUUUUGGUAAUGAAGAAUACUGCUACAUCAUGGAUGCCAAGAACAAUGGAAAUAUUGGGCGGUACCUCAAUCAUUCAUGCAGUCCAAAUGUGUUUGUCCAGAAUGUGUUUGUGGACACCCAUGACUUGCGCUUCCCGUGGGUGGCAUUCUUUGCACUGACAUACAUCCAUGCUGGAACAGAAUUGACUUGGGAUUAUAACUAUGAUGUGGGGAGUGUUCCUGGUAAAGUGCUCCACUGUUACUGCGGGUCUAAUGAUUGCCGGGGCCGACUCCUCUAAGCUGUUUAUAUCUCUGUGGACUAUCUUCCUCACUGCUCAGGAGAGUUGGCUGUUAGAAUGAGUUGCUGUUUAUUAAGACAUCCAUGUUGUAUAACAGGUCAUGACAAAUAUAAUGGGUCAGAAGUUGAUUUUAUUCAUGUUUAUAGCACAGAAUAAUAAAAAAGUAGCUAACAUGUA